AUGGCUCCCGGGGCUGCGCGGCGCGCGCGGCGGCGGACGCGGGGCGCGCGGGGCGCGCGCGGGGCCUGGGCGCGGCCCGGCCGGAGCUGGUGGGAGCGCCUGGCGCCGCGCGGCUCCGAGUGCCACCUGCUGCCGGCCGACAGCAUGCUGCUCGUGGUGCCGGGCCCGGGGCCUCGCGCCGCCCCCGCCAAGCCCCGGGCGCGGCCCCGGCUGGAGCCCGCGCAGGGGCCGGACGCCGGCUGGGGCGACCGCCUCCCCCUGGAGAUCCUCGUGCACAUCUUCGGGCUGCUGGUGGCGGCCGACGGGCCCGUGCCGUUCCUCGGCAGGGCCGCGCGCGUGUGCCGCCGCUGGCACGAGGCCGCCUCGCAUCCCGCGCUCUGGCACACGGUGACCCUGGCGCCGCCGCCGCCCGGCCGCGCUGCCCAGAGCGGGGUCAAGACGGAGAAGAAGCUGCUGGCUGCUCUGCAGUGGCUCGUGCCCAACCGCUUCUCCCAGCUGCAGAGUCUCACGCUGCUCCACUGGAAGAGCCAGGUGCACCCCGUGUUGAAGCUGGUCAGCGAGCAGUGCCCCAGCCUCACCUUCCUCAAACUGUCCGACUGCCAUGGCGUGACCGCGGAGGCCCUGGGCGCGCUGGCCAGAGCCUGCAGCCGCUUGCACAGCCUAGACCUACAACACUCCAUGGUGGAGUCCGCGGCCGUGCUGACCUUCCUGGAGGAAGCGGGAGCCCGGAUGCGCAAGCUGUGGCUGACCUACAGCUCCCAGACCACAGCCAUCCUGGGCGCGCUGCUGGGCGGCCGCUGCCCCCAGCUGCAGGUCCUGGAGCUGAGCACCGGCCUCAGCCGCAACAGCACACCCCUGCAGCUCCCCGUGGAGGGCCUGCAGAAGGGCUGCCCCCAGCUGCAGGUGCUGAGGCUGCUGAAUCUGGUAUGGCUGCCCAAGCCGUGUGUGCGGGGGUCCGUGCCCGGGCCUGGCUUCCCCAGCCUCCAGGAGCUCUGCCUGGCCAGCUCUGCCAGCAACUUUGUCAGCAACGAGGUCCUGGGCCGCCUGCUGCACGGCUCACCCGGCCUGCGCCUGUUGGACCUCCGUGGCUGUGCCCGCGUCACACCUGCUGGCCUGCUGGACCUGCCCUGCCAGGAGUUGGAACAGCUGUACCUGGGACUGUAUGGCCACUCGGACCGGCUGACCCUGGUCAAGGAGGGCAGCCCCCUGCUGACCCACAAGUGGGCACGCACCCUGCGUGAGCUGGACCUGAGUGGCCAGGGCUUCAGUGAGCAGGACCUGGAGCAGGCCCUGGCCGCCUUCUCGGGCUCCCCGGAUGGCUCCCCACCAGCUCUGUGCUCGUUGAACCUCAGGGGCACCCGGGUCACCCCCGGCACGGUCAGCUCUGUGAUCGCCAGCUGCCCUGGCCUGCUGCAGCUGAACCUGGAGUCCUGCCGCUGCCUGCCCAGGGGCCUGAAGCGCGCCUACCGAGGCCUGGAGGAGGUCCAGUGGUGCCUGGGGCAGCUGCUCACCAGCUCCCUCUCCCCCAGCUAGGGGGCUGCAUGCCCCUGCCUGCCCGCCCGGUUUUGUUACA